CAAUUCUCUUUACUUGUCUUUACAUUCGCACCAUGGUCUUUGCGCGCCGCUCCGCACUGCGUGCUGCCAAUGCAGCUCGGGCCUUCCGCGCUGCUCCCGCCGUGAGGCGCUCCGGCCGGGUCCUCGGGAGGAGGUUCUAUUCCAGUGAGAAGGGCCAUGAUGAGCACAAGACGAGUGAUCUGCCGUGGCUUCUCGCGUCAGCUGGUAUUACUGGCCCAAUGGUUUACUACCUCUGGCCUUCCAGCUCCGACAAUUCCCACGGACAUGGACACGAUGAUGCUCACGAUGAUCACGAGGCAAAACACGAGGAAAAGGAAGAUAAAGCUGAGAAGGUAGAGGAGGCACCUUCCGACGAUGACGCUGGUGAAAAGAAGGAUGUCAAGAAGCCCGAGGAGAAGCCUAAGGAGGAAGACAAGAAGACAAAGGAUACUGAGCAGAAGAAGGACGAAGAGAAAGGAGGCGAGGAGAAGAAGUCUGCCGACGAGUCCAAGGAGUCCAAGGAAUCCAAGGAGGAGCCCAAGAAGGAUUCCGAAUCCAAGGAAGACCAACCCAAGGAAGAGUCCAAGGAAGCCAAGAAGGACGAGGGUGCCGAGAAGCCCAAGAAAGAAGCCUCAGGCGACUCGGGCAAGGACUCGAGCAAGGACUCGAGCAAGGACGAGUCUGCCAAUGAAAAGGACUCCGACAAGAACGACAAGGGCAAGGGCGAGGCCGAGGGCAAGCCCGAGAAGUCCGAGAACUAA